AUGGUGUCGCCAAUUCUCCCUCGUUUUAUCGGUCGUACGGCCUCCAGAGCUACGCUGGGCGCCCGGAGACAGUUUGUGCCAGUUGCGGCAUGGCGAGCAGCGUCCACUAAACACCCUAAAGGCUUCACUCCCCCGACAGAUGAGGAGCUGAACGAGCUCCGGGACACCGUCCGAGAGUUUGCCAAGCGCGAGAUACCAGAGGAGGUCGCUGCCCGGACGGACCAGCAGAACCAGUUCCCUCCGGAGAUGUGGAAGAAGUUUGGCGAAGCCGGAUUCUUGGGUAUCACCGCUGAGGAGACUUACGGUGGUCUUGGAAUGGGCUACCAGGCACACUGUAUCGUCAUGGAGGAGCUUAGUCGUGCAUCAGGAAGCAUUGCUCUCUCGUAUGCCGCCCACUCGCAGCUCUGCGUCAACCAGCUGUGCCUCAAUGGCUCGGCAGAGCAGAAGGAGCGCUUCCUACCCGGUCUCAUCUCCGGAGAGAAGAUUGGUGCCCUCGCCAUGUCCGAACACUCGGCCGGCUCUGACGUCGUGAGCAUGAAGACCAAGGCCAAGGCUGUCGAUGGUGGAUUCGUGCUCAAUGGCACCAAGAUGUGGAUUACCAACGGCCCUGACGCCGACUUCAUCGUCGUGUACGCCAAAACCGAACCCGAUGCCGGCUCAAAGGGUAUCACAGCCUUCGUGGUUGAGAAGAACUUCAAGGGCUUCUCGUGUGCCCGCAAGCUCGACAAGCUCGGCAUGCGUGGAUCCAACACUGGUGAACUCAUCUUCGAGGACGUCUUUGUCCCACACGCCAACGUCCUAGGAAACCUCAACAAGGGUGUCAGAGUGUUGAUGGAGGGACUCGACCUUGAGCGUCUUGUUCUUAGCGCUGGACCACUAGGUAUCAUGCAAGCAUGUCUCGACCUUGUACUUCCAUACACGCACACCCGCACACAGUUCGGUAUGCCCAUCGCCCACAACCAGCUCAUCCAGGGAAAGCUGGCAGAUAUGUACACCAAGCUCGCUGCCUCGCGGGCCUUCACCUACACCACCGCCCGGUCCGUCGACCAGUCCGCCGUCUCCGCUGAAGGGACUCAAGUCCGAACACAAGAUUGUGCUGGCGCCAUCCUGUAUGCUGCUGAGCGUGCGACAGAGUGCACCCUUGACGCAAUCCAGCUCAUGGGUGGUAACGGAUACAUCAACGAGAUCCCAGCCGGAAGGCUACUGAGGGAUGCCAAGUUAUACGAGAUUGGCGCGGGCACCAGCGAGAUCAGACGAAUGGUAAUUGGCAGAGCGUUCAACAAGGAAUUUUCUUAA